AUGAGUAAUCUACGCUUCUCGGUAGUGGCCUGUACGAGCGAGGAUGCGUCUUUUUCCGUGUCUAAUUUGACCAAUCAUGUAGCUACGAAUCAGGGCUACAUGACUACCAAGAAUUGUUCGUAUCCUCAAGAGUUGAUAUUACAGCUACAGAGAGGUCUCUGUCGAGUCACUCAAGUGCAAAUUAUGUCUCACGAGACACAUAUUGCUACCAAGAUGGAGUUAUUUGUAUCAAAGAGUCUCCAUUUUGAUCGAGAGACCACUUGUUUCAGUCGAGUAGGUUUUCUUACACUUCAAGAUAAUACAGAGAGCAAUUACAAGGCCAGAGAGCUCAAGACAGUACAUUUGGACCAGGAGAUGACAUUACUAAAGCUCCGGAUUCAUGGCUGUCAUGACAAUGAGCACAAUUUGUACCGGCAGGUGGGGAUCAUGGCUAUUAAUUUGUGUGGAAAAGUACAAAGAUUACUGCCCAAUCACAUGCUGGACGAAGCUGUAGCUACUUCGUCAAAGCAGAAGAAGAAGAAAUGUGAUGAUGAAGGUUGUAGUUGUGACGUUACGAUGGCGGCUAGAAUCCGCGAGGUUCAAGUGGCAAAAAAUAAAGCGGUGGUUAGUGAAGACUACGACCAAGCCAAGAGACUUAAGGAGAUGGAGGAGCAGCUUCAAGCCAUUAGUCGGAAACUUGCAAGACUAAAGGCGCAGAAAAGUGAGGCAGUCGCUAACGAAGACUACGAUCUAGCCAAGAAGGUUAAAUUGGAGAUUGGAAGAGUAGAAGGCUCCGUUAGGAAUAACGAAUCACUGCCGAUUCUAUCGAAAUUUGCUAGCUCCUCGAUGAGAAGUCAAGUGGUGCAUACAAGUGAAGCUGUGCUUAGCUCGUCGUUAAACGCUUCGUCGACCGAUAUGUAUCCUGAAAAAGUACCGCAGGUUGCAAACAGUGAGAGUUUCUAUGAAGGUAGUGACCUCUCACUGCGGCAUUCUCCUCAAGGCAGUUAUAAACAGGAUCCUCGCUAUGGUGGCAACGAUACUGAUCAGGAAGACGGCAAUGAUGGAGGCCCGAACCCACAAUUUAGAGGGAUCCCAGGUGCUGCUAACUUGCCCGACCCGGAAGAAAUUGCUGCAGGACUAGCAAAGGAGAGCGAAGAGCUUAUUUUUGUAAUUGGCCCCUUCUUCACGCGAUGCUUCUACAGCAACCUGUGGAAUCAUCGGGAUGCUACAAUUCGCAAAGUUACCAUGGAGAUGAAUAAUUAUCCUGUCGAACCGAAGCAGUUGCUGGAGGUGUGCUCCAAGCUAGCGCAAAGUGGUGCUGGAGACCGCAUCGUACAGGUCGCGCUUUCUGCUUUCGGCCUGCUAGACCGAAUGGUGUCGUUCGGUGCGCGUCUUCGCCACGAGGAUAUGUGCCGGAUCCUUGGCAACAGUAUGCCUCAGCUGGUCAAUAGGCUAGGUGGGUCUCAAGCCAAGAUUCGUGACGAAGCAGCGGCAGUAUUGGGACAUAUGGCAGCCGCUAAAAACGUAGGUGUGGCUUUUGUGACAUCAUAUCUCAUAAAACACUCCUCAAAGCCGCUAGGAAUUAAGUUAUUGCAGGGUCGAUUGCUCUUGCUGAAAAAGCUGCUGGCAGAGUUCGAACUGGUCUCUGAGUCCGACUUUUCGGCGCCUAGUAUUAUGCAAUUCCUUGAAGACAGCAAUAGCUUAGCGCACCAGUGUCGUGAGAUCCGUGAUGCUGCAAAGGAUAUCACCGUGUCACUCUAUCUUGCCGUAGGGACCGAGGUGGAAGGUUUCUUGAAACAUUUACGGCCAAAGCAGCUAGAAGAAUAUCAAGCGGCAUUCGAGACAGUAAAAAGAGCAAAGGUAUUGAAUCAUUGUAGCGGUGCUACCGCCGCUGCAGUAAGCAAUGGUAGCGGAUCUCGUCGCGACGAGAUACAUUGCAAGAUUGAAGAGCAGUUUGAGCUCGAUGUUGAGGACAUGAACGAUAGCGAAGACAAGGAAUCGGUGGAUGAGUAUACAUGUCCAUUCUGUGGUGUUGUGGACGAAAAGUUUGACUCGGAUUACCUGGACCAGCAUUUUUGGGGAAACUGUAAAAUGCUUACACCGUGCAAAAUGUGCGGCCAAGUGAUUGAGAUAUCGACUUUGAACGAGCAUCUGCUGGCUGAGUGCGAGAUGCAGCAGAAUCACCGCGAGUGUCCGCGUUGUGGCGAAGCCAUCAUUACCAAAUUCUAUGAGCGGCACGUGUCUCUCGACGACUGCACCCAUCGUGCACCCUUGGAAAGCGCAAACCGCUGCCCUCUUUGCCACGACGACAUUGCCCCAGGCGAGAAAGGCUGGCGGCGUCACUUAUUGGAUGAAGGCUGCCCAAACAACCCAAGGAGGUAG